AUGUUAACAGUAUCGAGGCUAAACCACAUCAGGGCCGUACUUAACCUCGCCUCCCAACUACAGUAUAGCUUCUCCGUCCUUGCUACGCCCAUCAUCCAUCCCCCCCAUCAUUUCAUCCAUCAGUGCUCCCACAUGAGCCAGACGUGUGGUUAUGACUUAAAGCAGAGCGCUGCGACACCGUCUCCUGCUGACGUGUUAGCAGGCAGCACCGGCAGGGUCAACGGGAUCACUCAAUUAGCAGGGGUGACAAAGGAAGCAGCAGGACCCACCCAGUAUCUCUCAACCCCGGAACAACGUCAGUAA